CAUAUCACUAUUACAUAUACUUAACCUUAAAAAUGCAAACAAGAAGUACAGAUAUUUCAAAAUUGUUACUUAUUUUCAGCUUAAUUAAUAUUAAAUAUAGUAAAGAAUUAGAUCCGUUAGGUUAUGUAGUUUAUUGUCCAUGUAAUGGUCGUUUUGGCAAUCAAGCUGACCAUUUACUUGGGGCUUUAGCAUUUGCUAAUGGUUUAAACAGAACAUUAGUGCUACCUUCGUGGGUUGAGUAUAGAUACGGCGAACUAAAAUCUCGACAAAUUCCUUUUAAUACUUAUUUUCAAAUAAGACCCUUACAAAAAUUUCAUAAAUGCAUUACAAUGGAAAAAUUUAUGCAUCAUAUAGCACCAACUGAAUGGCCCCCAGAAAAAAGAAUAUCGUUUUGUUACACCAGUAGAGGUGAAGGAGAAUCAUGUAAUGCUAAAGAAGGGAACCCUUUCGGUUCUUUUUGGGAUACUUUUAGUAUUGAUUUCGUUGCAUCAGAAUUUUACUCACCUUUGCAUUUUGAUGUUCAUCACCACGAUAUGGCAAAACAAUGGAACGAAAGAUACCCUUCGAGGGAGUGGCCCGUUUUGGCCUUUACAGGUGCUCCAGCAAGUUUUCCAGUACAAUUUGAUAAUUUAUUUCUACAGAAGUAUUUAAUUUGGUCAGAAAGUAUUUUAGAUAAAGCCAAUCAUUUUAUAAAGAAUGUCUUACCAGAAGGUGCUUUUAUUGGUAUUCAUUUACGAAAUGGAAUCGAUUGGGUAAGAGCUUGUGAACAUAUACCCCAAAGUCCAAAUUUGUUCUCAGCCCCUCAGUGUCUAGGAUAUAAAAAUGAGAAAGGCAAAGCAACAAUGGAAAUGUGUCUACCAACUAAAGAAACUAUAAUAAGACAACUAAAACGUGUAAUAAAAAAGUUUAAUAAUGUCGAAAAUAAUAAGGAUAAUCCAAUAAGAAGUGUUUUUGUGGCUUCAGACAAUAACCACAUGAUUGAUGAAUUAAAUGAUGCUUUGAAACGAAUGGAAAUUAAAGUUUUUAAAAACCACGAUUCUUCACCUCAUGUUGACCUAGCCCUUUUAGGAAAAUCAAACUAUUUUUUAGGUAAUUGCAUUUCGUCAUUUAGUGCUUUUGUUAAAAGAGAAAGAGAUGUUAAUGGAUUUCCUUCCUCAUUUUGGGGGUUUCCAGUAGAAAAAACUUCUAUAAGCAGUUCUAAGAGAGAGAAUCAUGACGAAUUAUGAUAAAUAUGUUCCACAAACUAUACAAAUGAUUUUAAUUUAUUUGUAAAAAUUAAGAUUAGAUUUAUAAGAAAAUGUUAUUCUUGCUAUUACAAUGAUCAGAUAUAGUAUUUGUUGAGUGUUAUCCAUUGUUUCGCUAUAGCUUUUAGGUGUAAUUUUGUAAUUGGGGUUGUUAGUCAUUUAAAUAAGUUACAUUUA